GGGAGUAAUAUAAUUUAAUGAUAUGCUUUAAAAAAGAAUCAUCAAGGGAAAAAGACAACAGUUAUAUUACUAAUUCAAUUACUUAUUGAAUAAAAAGGGCGUAUACUAGAUUACAUCUGUUUAGGUACUGAUUUCCCCCUUCCCCAUCUCUUCCUUUUCAGACACCGAGACUUCAGGUUUGUUAAACUGCUUGCAACUUAGAAGUAGAGUAGUAGCACUAUCAGGAAGAAUAAACAGACCUAUUCUUCCAGAGCCUGAGUUUAUUGGUUACCGUACGAUCCUUUUAGGAGAAAGGGAAAAAAUUGCCAAAUUUAUGAAGUCUGACAAUGUCGACAACUGCUUCUACGACGAUAGUAUGAAUCCUCUGAUGAUGGAGAGUGCCCCUUUUCACGAACACUUAGAUUCGAUUGGAAGCGGCGCAUCUUCAUCGCAGUAUUCUCAUGGACAAAAGAAGCUGAAUACCAAGGGUUCCUCGCAGACAGGAAAGCACCCACAAAUGGGAUUAAACGAUCAGUGCUACUACCAAGGUAGUAAUCGUCAUUUCAACUAUGACCAGGGACAUCACCAUAUUCAAAACCAUCUAAAUCAAGUCUUUCCUAACAAUGUUUACUUAUCUGAUAACAGACCCGAUAAAAAUAGCUAUGACAACAGGUGUAAAAGGAAUCCAUACGACUCAGUACAGUGUCCUAGAAGAAACAUAUCCAGUGGUUAUUUUCCAUAUUUUAAUUCACUGAUGAACCGAAACUCCGAAAUGUAUUCUCAACCCCAGGCUGAAGUCACUAGGGAUGACCGAAGCUCCAGUAGGUUCUCGGAAGGGCAUAGCAGCUGCCAGAGAAACAACAGCAACUAUAGUGUCGCCUCAAUCGGGGCAACCGGGCUGCCUUCCCCAGCGAGACCCUUUCAUUGGGUGCCAAAUCAACGAUCAUUUUUUGCCUUCUGCAAUGGGUAUAUGGAUCAUCCAAACUCGUUUUUAAACGCCGCGCUCACUCGAUAUGGCCUCCAGCAACAGCGGUCAUAUGAGCUCAACCACACUCAUGCUAUAGAUGCACCUCCACAAGGUUCAUACCCUAGCAAUUGUGCACCCCAACAAAUUCAACCUCCAAACAAUAUGGAAUAUGACGAUAAAAGUGAGCGAGUCUGCAAGAAGAAGAAUGAUAAAAUUCCUGACGAACCUAUUCAUACGUCCGUCGAACCGAACUCACAAUUGUCGUUCUACGGUCCUAUCGGUUUACUAGGUUUUAGUGCUGCAGAAAAAUACAACAAACUAAAGGGUAGUAGUGAGGUUGCAGAUAUAAAGGAGCGGGAUCUUAGGUUGAAUGUGUGGUGCAGUUGGGAUAUUCUACUUGAGGCACCAUACGUCGAUUCGCCUAGGGGGCUUGACGAUUUAGAGGAGAAUCUAGAAACAACUCAAGGUGAGACGCGGUCUGAGCAGAGUUCGACAGAUCCAAACACUAUCAGGAAGCCGAAAGAGCAAAAAAAUGCCUCCCGAAAGGAUAGUUCUAGUGGGGUACCUGAAAUGGACGAGGGGUCCGUUCCCAAGAUUCAGAACUGGCUUGCCGAAAAUUCCAAGUACCAAAGAGAUGCUUCCCCGGAUUCAUUACAUGCGACGUACAGUGGUGCAGAUGAAUCCAAUCCUCUAGAAAGCGUCUCGGACUCCUACCUCUGUCUGAACUCCAUGUUGAACUUAUGGGAUCGGGCUGAACGGAACCACUCGGCAUCACAGUUUUGUUCUGAGAAGAGUGUUACCAAUAGUACAAUCUCUAUGGAUGUGAAAUCUCAACUGUAUUCUCAUAAAAGCGCGAGGGAGCUUGCGCUGCCGCUAAUAUCCUAUGAUGCAGAUGAAGGUAACAAUCUUGAACGGAGUCAAAAGAUUCAGGACUGGGAAUUUCAUCAGCAAAAUUUCAAUCCAAAAAAAAAGAAGAGGAAUUCCUUAACUCGAAAGGUUAAGCGAAUUAUUAAUAAGCUAACCUUAGGAAACAUGUUCCCCAGUAAUGAUCCAGGGUGUUGUUCGACAGGUGCGGAAUUCAAUUCCGUAGCUAGCAGCGCAGCGCCGGGAUCGGCGGGUCUUCUGGAAGCGACGGAAACCUCAACUCGCGCCUCGGAGAAUCGAUCUGUCCAUGCUAUUCCACCCUUGAACCCUAAAAAAACAAAAUCCACCAAAGUGAAAGAAAUUAUCGUACCGGCCGAUUCCGAUCUCAAGGCCAAGGGAAGUGUGUUAACCACGGUAAAUGUAAAUUACACCUGUUAUGCACUGAGCACCCCUGUUAAGACGGAAUCCGUAGGCCCUACGACGGUGGCCCAACCCACGCAGCCUACCUCUAGCCCGAAUGAGGCCAAAGGCGAGACCGUUCCUUCCACCGGGGACCCCCAAUCCAACACGCAGGCCCCCAGCCCCACGCCUCCAAGCCAACCGGCUGCGACCGAAGGGGUGGCUGUGAAGUCGGCCCCAAACCCCACCUACAUGGAGGCCGUAAGACGGCCCGGCCCGGCCAAACUGCCGGUUCUGCCCAAACAUAUUUGUCAGGGGUCCUUUUCACCACUGAAGGCCCUUCCCAAGAAGGGGCUAACGGUGCUCACGGGCCGUCGACGGGGCUCGGAGUCCUACGAAAAAAGUGAACCCGACCGAACAAAAUGCGAGCGCUCCCUCCCGAAUGAUAAGGCGGAGCUAACGGCGCCGACACCCCGAGUGGCCCUACCUCAACUAUCCAAAGCCCCCGGCGAGACGGCGAGUUCGGCUUGCGGACAAUGCCAAGGGGGGGGAAUAAAAACAAGCGAUUGUGGGAUAACUACAAAGGAUACUGAAAAUAUGGAUAAAUUGGGUAUAUAA